UCCUGGUUCUCCUGCUCCUCCUCUCACAGGUGUUGAGGGUGCCAGGCUAGGAGCAUAGUACAGAAGAGCACGCUCGCUCUAGGUAGUAGCUGGGCGUCUUAGAGUGUUUGCACUGGAAACAAGGACUGUUUCUGGGAGAGUUUGUGUUUCUGGGUCCGUUAGCCUCCAGGUGGAUGCUGUGCACUCUUCCUGAUCAUGUGCAUUCUUGCAGCUCUGGAUUGACAUGUCAGAAGCAGCUUGAAGACCACCUCAUAUCAUCGAUAAAAGCAAGUGACGUUCCAGGAUCAUGACUGGUGCGCAAUGUGGAUUUCCUCUCACUCUUAUUUCACCCUCGACCACGGAUCAGGAGCUAUGGCCCCACUUGAGUACCACUGUGUCCCUAAAUUGUACGCUGCAAGUACCUGGCUCCUGUAAUGGCAGUGUAACCUGGCUGAAGGAUGGGAAAGCAGCGGAGCACCCGUACACCGCUCAGGACAUUGUGUGGAACGGUCUUAAUAGUUCAGUGAAGUUCCUCUCCAGUGUCUUAGAUGUUAAUCUUACCACAGAGGAAGAUUACGGGAAAUUUACAUGUCAUCUGCAGAACGUCUCUGCCUCAUUUACUCUCCACAAAACAGAUAAAGCCGGACACAUAGCAGCAGUUAUUUUUGCACUAUGUGUGGUUGCAGUUUUGGUAAUCGGAGUGGUUCUUUAUCUUAAGUGCCGUCUAAAUAUCAAUCUUUGGUACAGAGACAAAUAUGGAGAGCCAGAAAUGAAUGAUGGCCGUCUCUUUGACGCCUGCGUCUCUUUUUGCCCUUCUAACAUCGACACAAAGUUCACCAACUUCAUCCUGAAACCACAGCUGGAGAACAGGUACGGCUACAAACUGCACCUGGAUGAGCGCAGCCUCCUGGCCAGCACAGAACCUUCCGCUGAACUGCUUAUGAACGUCAGCCGCAGCCGACGCCUGAUAGUGGUUCUUUCAAUGGCGUAUCUAGAGCAGGAAUGGUGCCAAAAUAACUUCAGGGAUGGUUUCUUUCGCCUCCUGGAACUCUCUCAGACACCUAUUUUCAUCCUGUUUGAGAAUCAGUAUAAGGACCUCCCUGUAGAAGUGAUCCAACUGCUCAACAGUCAAAAAGGUUCACUGAAAAUGCUGAUGUGGAAGACUAAUUCUGUGUCUCCAGCCUCUGAGUUCUGGAAGGAACUUCGUCUUGCUCUCCCUCGCAAGAUUUCACUGUCUGCAGGCCAAGGUGAUCCUCAGACUCAAAGUCAGGAUGAUAAGGAUCCAAUGCUGACUGUAAACAGCGAAGCAGCAGAUCUUGACCCCGAUGGAGACCUAGGUGUUCGAAGAUCUUUCUAUAAAGCUCCACCACCUCGGAUAGCCCCAGUGGCACGUGUCCCAGACAGAGAACCUGUGGGAGAGGUGGACAUCUCAGAUUUAGGUUCAAGGAACUACGCAGCCAGGUCAGAUUACUAUUGUCUGGUCACUGAGCCUGACCUAUAGGAUGGAGAAGGAAAAAAUUAAGGACAUUGGAGGUGGCCAAUGAAAAAGGAAAUCAAUAAGAGAAGAGAACGGAGGCGGCUAAUCAAUUGAGCUAAAGCUGUGACAAUGGGUGACAAAUGCAAAGUAAAAUAAUCGCCUUAUAUCAGCUUAUUACGCUAUGGUUAUCCUGAUGUCCACAUUAUGUCUAAUUAUCAUGGUAGAUGUGGAAAACUAUAAUUACCAAAAGCAGCUUAUGUCAGUCACUAAGCUAAAAAUAACCGAGAGGUAAAAAAAACAAAGCUGAGGAAAGUGAUGGAUCUUAUCUACUCUGAGAAGUUCCCAUCAUUAAGAAAUGGUGUAUUUUGGUUUAUAUUACAUAACUCUAGGCUUCAAGAAAAUUGGAGAGAAGACAAAUUGAAGAAGUUUAUAUAUACCACGCUUUAAAAUUGUAAGUUUUAGGUUAGGUCUACCCGGCAACUGUGGUUGAGCAUCAUCAAGUCACAACACGUGCAACCAAAAAGUAUGUGCAACUUGCUGUUGCACUGGAAUUGCUCAAGUAUUUAGAAGUAGCAGGAAUAUGAAAUAUUUACAGAAGGCCACUAGCCUGCAUCACCUACUGAAGGAGUCCUACUCAUCUGCUCUCGGCAGCUUUGGUCCUGCAUCCUGGUUCCUAUCCUCCAUCUUCUGGUCCCCAGUAUGUUUAUUUCUGGCAGGUUCAGCCCUAGAUAAAGUCAGUCGUCAGACUACCGCUACAGAAACAUGAAUGAUUUAAAAUCUUCACAGUUCUCCUGUAGUCAAGCAGGGAAUUCUUGAAAUUCUGGAAGGGGUCUUUAACCUGUUAUCUCAGAUGAAUCAAGUCCUUGCAAUAGAUCACUUACUAGUCCACAUUCCACCUGUCCGAGACUAGUAACUAUGGACGCUUGUGUAUUUCCUAGUGAGUAAUUCAACAUUAAUUGACAGGGUGAAGCCAUAUUCAAUAUUUACACCACAUAGACAGUAAAGAUGAUGACUUCCUUAUCUAUGUGUGUUAUGAAGUUGAAUCUUCUAUGGGGUUAGUAAUGGGCAUUCCAGAAAAAAUGCCAACCCCUUCCCCCUUGAUCUUUAUCUCAUGUCUGUCCAGUUCUGAGAACAUCCAGAAACAUUUACGUGUUUGUGUAUAACAGUACUGCUCUUGUUAUUCAGGUUUUGUGACCUUUUAGAUGUCCACCACAUGGAUAGACUGCAGUUUAGCCAUGUCAUAGUUGUUUGUCCUCCUGAAUUGUGCCUGGAUCUCAAAAGCAUGCAGUGUUCGGACCAUAUCUGACUAGAUUGAUUUUAUUUUUUUUCUUCACAUUUUCUACUUCCAUCAGGUUCUAUCAGCAGACAUCUCUACAGGGGUACUUUUCCGUAAAGUUGGCCAUACUCAUUACAUGUGCGUUGGCCACUCCCUCCAAUUUUGUCAAGAUUGGCCAAUUAUCUAAUGUGUAUGGAGCAUCCCAACUCUUACGUGACUGCUGAUGUUGGCAUAUCGGAUUUCAGCAUACCUGAGCAGUUUUUUUGGGGAGUAGAAAAGCUGCCUGUCGUGGAUGCUUGGGACUGGCUUUCUCCGCCCUCCAAUUCAGGAUCUGGAGAGGUGUCUUUUAGCCGAAUAAGUAUAUUAGUUGUCCAGUGUAUAGGUGUUAAAUACUUUAGGCUUGUAAUACCCUUUAAAGGGGUUGUAAAAGAAUGGGGGAGGGGCUUCGGCAAACCCUCCACUUGGCAGGACCUGUAAAGGAAAGAUUACUUACCCGCUUCCCAGUGCUGGCUCCCCGCUCCUUCUCCUCCAGCCCUGCAAUGCCCUGCUGGGCUCCCUCAAGUUCAACAUCUAAUCACUGGCCAAGGCGGAGACCAUUUGUCAUGAUGUAAGGGGAGCCAGUCACCGCCGCGGCCAGUGAUUGGCUGCAGCGAUGUCAAACCGGAUGUUGGCAUCAAGGGAGCCCAGUGGAGCAUCACAGCCCUGGAUGAGUAGGAGCGCCCCCCCCCCCCCAUUCUCGCACAACCCCUUUAAACUUCUCCCCGUUCUCAUGUGCUGUUUUAUCCCAAAGCUGUACGCCUUACAUGCUUUCUUUCAGUUCCCUAAGUGUGAGCAACCUAAUACAUGCUUGUGUAUUACAGAGCUGCAGUCUUUAUCCUGUGACCACUUCAAAACAUAUAGCUUCAUGUAUAGAAACUGUAGUCACCCAGAAUGAAAGUCAGGUGGUUGCUAGGCAACCUUAACAUCUGCAGUCGACACUAAAGUGAUGCUUGAAAGAAGACAAAGUCACUCAUGAAAUAGUAAAAUCAAUAAAAUUCUGUUAUGCAGUUACUUUAGAGGAGUUUAAAGGGAUUAUAGGUUUUGGGUGGUAACUGCUGGUGAGCCCUACUCAAGCAAACUGGAAUAAGCGGCAAUACCAGAACCAGCCUAUAGACAAGAGCGGUGCGGUUUCUGAACGAAAGCAGCCAUGUCCUACUAAUAAAACCCUUUCAAGCCCUAAACUGAACGAAUGUGAAGAGUAUAAGCUUGAAUAAGUUUUAGAGUAAUUCCAUGAACCAUGAUCUCACAUGGGUGUUAGUAUAUCGAAGUGCAAUGUAAAUGUAAUGACGCAUA